UGUUUUUCCUGUGAGUGUAUUUUGUAAAGCAAUUUAAGAGAGUGUUGAAACCAUGUCUCUUGUUGGAAAAUUGGUGAGUGAAUUAGAAAUAAAUGCAGCUGCAGAGAAGUUCUACAAAGUCUUCAAAGACCAAGCUUUCCAUGUCCCCAACAUUUCCCCAAAUUUUGUCCAACAAGUUGAAGUUCAUGAAGGUGAUUGGGACAACCAUGGCCAUGGCUCGAUUAAGACCUGGAAGUACACCGUCGAUGGCAAGGCUGAAGUUUUGAAAGAGAAGGUGGAAUUCAACGACGAGAAAAUGGCAAUGACCGUUGUUGGAUUGGAAGGAGAUGUGUUUGACCAUUACAAAGUCUUCAAUGCGACAUAUCAAGUUGUGUCAAAGGGUCCCCAGCAUAGUUUAGCCGUCCUGACUUUGGAAUAUGAGAAACUCGAUGAUGGCUCUCCUUAUCCUUACAAGUAUCUCGACCUCAUGAAUGCUAUUACCAAGGACAUCGAAUCUCACCUUAAAUGAUCAAACUUUUAUGUCUCAGCUUCAUCGCUCUCUCAUUUGGAUAUGGUUGAUUGUGUUUUAUUUCGGUAUUUUCUUCUUUGUGGCCUUGAUUAUUAUGCAACUCUAUUGUCUAAUGUUAUACUUCUCUAUGCUUUUUUGUCGUGUGAAAAGUAAAUAAUGAUUAUCCCUAUGUAAAAGUGAUGAAGCUCAAUAUUUAUGUUUGCUUAAGUGUAUAACAUAUGUUUUAUUUGGUUAUGAUUCCUA